AUUUUAGAAGCGCUUGUUCGAACAUAAAAAGAGGGAAACGGAAACAAAAAUUUGAUUUUCCCGCUGUCCAAAUUUGGGGCGGGUAUUUGAAACUGGACAAUUGUCACUCGUAAUUGCGUCCUCUCUUCUCUCAAACCCUAGAAUCUCUCUCUCUCUCUCUCUCUCUCUCUCUCUCUCUCUCUCUCUCUCUCCAUUUCUCUCUCUCUCAAUGGCGGGUGGAGUAGCUGGGACAUCAAAGACAAACGCUCCCAGAGCCAGGAAGAGAGUGGAAGUCGAUUCCUCCUCCUCUUCUCUCAAACGAGCAGAAGAUGGCAGUGCUUUCACUCGCUGUGAGAAGUGCAACAAACAGUUGGCCGUUGCACUGAUGGAUUUGCACGAUUGCCUCAUGGAGUCUCAAAUCAUGAAGGCUCUGGAUGCACAAAAGGCUGAGUUGGAAAGGCAAUCUGAUGAUGAAGUUUCAGCAAAGAGGAAAGAAAAAUCUACUGAACCCCAACCCAAGAAAACUAAGAAAGAAAAGAAAGCUAAAGAUCCAAGCAAGCCCAAGCGCCCUCCAACUGCUUUUUUCCUCUUCAUGGACGAUUUUAGGAAGUCUUACAAGGAAACCAACCCAGAUUGCAAAAGUGUUUCUGUGGUUGCAAAGGAAGGAGGUGAGAGAUGGAAGUCCAUGGCAGAUGAAGAGAAAAUGGCUUAUGUGGCUAGAGCUGCAGAACUUAAAGCAGAAUAUGGGAAGGCACUGAAUCCUGAUAAUGCAGAUGAUGGGAAAGGUUCAUUGGAAAUGGAAGUGAAAGUGGACAGUGAGUAACUGAUGAUGGUUAACGAAUUUGCCCUACCUGAUACGAGAAUGAAGAAUUUUUGCCUAAUUGGAUUCACCCUUCUUUUGGGAAUAGUUGUCCUUGGUCUUGGACCUUUGUAAGUAUGGACUAUGAAUCUAGCUUAUCCUAUUGUGUUCAUGGAUGUUGGAAUGCUCAAGAAACACUGUUCUUUUGAGUUCUCAGCAUCUCAAUGCUCUUGUUGCUUUGGGUUCUUAAAUGCUGGUUAGAGAUGAAGUUUAGUUCUUAUUUUUUUGGUUGACA